AUGACCGAUUUGCUACGCGUCCUGCCAACCUUCCCUGUUGGCCAGUAUGCGAGCCUCAUCCCCGGCCUGGAGAAGCACCAGGUGACAGUGAGCGACCUGCUCACUCUCGAGGUCGCUGACAUUGGCAAGCGCACCCAGCUGCCUCUCUUGGAUCUCAAGAGGCUUUGUAAUGCCGUGUUGGGAGCACUUCACUCUGACCUCGGCGUCUCAGACAAGAAGACAUCAGACAAAGAAAAAGACUCGCCCUCAAACAACAGGCCUCAAGAGCCUUUGCGACAGUCACCGGGAGACUUGAAAGCGGCGCGUUCUACUAUCAGCACCUUAGAUGAAACCCUGGACGCGGCCUUGGGCGGCGGCAUCCCAACCGGCUACGUGACCGAGAUCACAGGCGAAAGCGGCGCCGGCAAGACGCAAUUUCUUCUCUCAUUGCUGCUCGCCGUGCAGCUGCCUCCGCCAUACGGGCUAUCCCGGCCGGCAUUAUACAUCUCUACCGAGGCCGCCCUCUCUACCCGGCGCCUAUCUCAGAUGUUAAAUAACAACCCGCUCUUCAACACGGGCGAGACCCGCCCAUCUCUUGACAACAUCGUCAGCACCGCCACCCCGGACCUCGAGUCCCAGGAUCACAUCCUCACCUACCAGGUUCCCGUGGAGGUCGAGCGGCGCAACGUAGGCCUCAUCGUGCUCGACUCCGUGGCCGCGAACUACCGGGCCGAGUUCGAGCGCGGCGGCUCGGGUCAACUGUCAUCGAACAUGGGUGCACGCAGCGCGGAGCUCGUGCGACUGGGCAUGCUGCUCCGCGAUCUGGCGCGCAAGUACAACCUCGCGGUCGUCGUGGCCAACCAGGUGGCGGACCGUUUCGGCACCGUUAGCCCGGUAUCAGUCCUCCGCAACGCAAGCAGCCUCAGGAGCGGCAGGACGUCGACGCCCUACACAUCUCACGUGAAGUUUUCGCAGGACAGCCCCCUCGCAUCCCGGAGCAGACCUCCCGCCCAGCCUCUCCCGCCCGUCGAGCCGUCGUCCUCCAUGGCCGACGCCCUCCCGCGGUCUAGCAUGCCGGAGCCGGCGCCUCCGCCAUCCACAUACAUGCCGCCCCCUCCCCCAGGGUCAGAGGACCUCGGCCCUCCCGCUCCGCCGGCGCUGAUGCUCGACCAUCAGCAGCGGUGGUUCACAGGGUGGGGCGACGACCCCUUCGCCUCGUACGCGCUCAAGACGCCGAGCCUAGGGCUGGUGUGGUCGACGCAGAUCGCGUGCCGCAUCGCGCUGUUCAAGAAGACCGCGUACGGGCUGUCGCGCUACAACGGCGAGGAGGACGAGGCCCGUGGCAUGCCGACGCUUAAGAUGUGGCGGCGGUGGAUGAAGGUUGUGUUCGCGCCGCAUGUGGCGGCUACGGGACCUGGGCUGGAUGGCGCGGUGGAGUUUGAGGUCAAUAUGGGUGGAUUACGGGCGGUGACCAAGGAAAAGGAGAAAUGA